AUGGAUGCUAAUAAUGAUAUCGACUUUAUGGAUUUUUUGACUGAAAGCAGCAGCAUUGAUAGUAGGAAGAAUUACCUCAAUCUCUCUACAAGUAACAAGAUUAGGAAAAAUGAUAUAGAUGCAGAGGCAAGAAUAAGAAGGACUGCUCAGAAUAGAGCUGCUCAACGAGCCUUCAGGGAAAGAAAAGAGAAGAAAAUGAAAGAACUGGAGAAUAAAGUAAAUUCAUUGGAAAAUAUACAUCAGAAAAAUGAAGUCGAAACGGAAUUCCUCAGGUCUCAGGUCUUAACUCUAGUCAAUGAAUUGAAGAAAUAUAGAUCAGAAACUACAUCCGAUUCAAAGAUUUUAAAAUUAGUAUCAAACUCAAGAGAAAAUACAAGAGAUCUCAGACAUGAUAGUAUCACAUCAUUGGAUUCUGACCAAUCCCCUCUAAAUGAUAUAUCGAAAUUCAAUUUAAAUUUAGGUCAUAUAAAUUUAAGCAAUUCUCCAAACUCCUCCUCAAUAAUGUCUUUAUCUCCAACAGCAAGCAAUAACUUACCAAAUGCCUCAGAUAGUGGGCUUUUCUCAAAUGAUUUCAACUUUAAUAACCAAUUCGACGAACAAGUGUCUACUUUCUGUGCAAAAAUGAAUAAUAACUUCGAAAAUCGUAAAAAAAUUAUUAAAAAGACCUAUGAUGAAAAGAUAAAAUUGAAAUCUGAGUUCAGCGAUGUGAAUAGUGUCCUGGCUUCCCCAUCACUUUCUUCUUCUCGCUUCUCAGAUGACAAUAGUUCAACAUAUUUCAAUACUCGUCACCACCAUAACAACGAUCACAACAAUACUACCACUACUAAAAAUCACAAUUACAAUAAUCAAUCGAUGAAAUCUGAAUUCCCUCCUCUCAUCUUCUUUUCAGAUAAUAACUACAUGGAUUCUCCUGACAACAGUUUCCCGUUAAUUGAUGCCUCGUUGGCUUUCCCAAAUAACAGUAACAGUAACAGAAAUAAUAAUAAUAAUAAUAAUAAUAACGUACUCUUCAGAGAUAUUAGCACUGCAGAGAUGCAAUUCAUGGAUGAAUCGCCAUUACAAAACGUCGAAUUCAACUCAGAGGAUGCGAUUAAAAGGUUAAUUUCAGAAGAACCUUCCCCACAUUACAGCAACAGCGUGCCACAUCUUCAUAACAACAAUGUAAAUUCAGCGAGCUUACAUCCUCUGACAGUGUUGGUGCAAGAACCAGAUGAUGAAUUGGAUGAAGAUGUAGUGGUGCCAUCCACAGAUUCACAAUUAAUGAGAUGUUCGGAGAUUUGGGAUCGUAUAACUACUAAUCCAAGAUAUACAGAUCUCGAUAUCGAUGGGUUAUGUGAAGAGUUGAUGUUCAGUGCCAAAUGUUCAGAUAAAGGUGUUGUUGUUGCAUCCAAGGACGUGCACAAAGUUUUAGCAAAGCAUAUGGCAUAG